AUGAGGUUAACCGUUGGAAGGUCGACGGAAGAAAUUGAAGAAAUAAACACUUUUGCGAAAUGGCUUUUGGAUUUGGGUGAGGGUAAUGUUGGUGGUCCAAAUGAUGGGGAAGCAACUAUUGAAAUACCACAAGAUCUUCUGAUUACUGAUGAAUCUGACCCAAUUGCAGCUUUAAUUGAUUUCGUUUAUCCAUCAAUCUUGCAAAACAUCAACAACCAUAAUUAUUUUAGUGAGCGUGCUAUACUUGCACCGAAGAAUGAUGUUGUGCAUGAGAUUAAUGACAGGUUGCUAUCAAUGUUUCCUGGUGAAGAAAGAGAGUAUCUUAGCUCUGACAGUCUUUGUCCAACCGAAGAUGUAAAUGCUACACAACAAAGAAUAUACUCUCCGGAUGUGCUCAAUGGACUUAAAAUUUCUGGCUUACCAAAUCAUAGGUUGGUGCUAAAAGUUGGUGUUCCAGUAAUGUUAUUACGAAAUAUUGACCAACGGAAUGGUUUGUGCAACGGUACAAGGCUACAAGUAAAAAAGUUGUACAACCGUGUAAUAGAAGCCGAGAUAAUAUCUGGUGCAAAUAUUGGUACUUCCACAUAUAUACCUCGGAUUAAUUUGAUCCCUUCUGAUAAAAAGAUUCCUUUUGCUUUUCAAAGGAGGCAAUUUCCACUUUCCGUAUGUUUUGCGAUGACAAUAAACAAAAGUCAAGGGCAGUCGCUUUCUAGAGUUGGUUUGUACCUGAAACAACCCGUCUUCUCUCAUGGUCAAUUGUAUGUUGCUUUAUCAAGGGUGAAAACAAGAGAUGGGGUCAAACUACUCAUACUUGACAACAAUGGAAAGCCGACAGAUAAAACAAAUAAUGUUGUUUAUAAAGAGAUUUUCAACGAAUUAUAA